CUCCUUUGUUUUCCGAAAAGCCUCCACCACACCAAGCAGCCACACACACGCACACAGAGAGAGAGAGAGAGAGUGGAGGAAAUCUCACGGCUGUAAUUUCUCACAGGUUGAAACUGAUGGCGACGAUGGAUUACCGGAAAUGGAGCAGCAGAUCGUGGGUCUUCUCUCUCAGGGCCAUGGUGGCCUCGGCCGUGGUCCUAUCGACGGCCCUGAUGCUCCACUUCUGGGGACCUUCGUUCCUAGGGUUCCUGGCCUCCGAAGUCCCCCGGAUGUAUGGUUUCCUUCUCUCUUUGCUCACCCCGCCCUACCUUUAUUUCGUCAUCAACGGCAUCAUCAUCUCCAUCGCUGCCUCCUCCUGCUUCCAUAAGCCUGCACCGGAGGGCCUGGAUCCGGCGCAAUCCGCGCCGUCGGUGGCGAAUCCGACUUUUAUCCAGUCCCCGGAUUACAUGCCUCCGACGGAGGAGUAUGUGGCGAAGAUCACAGAAGACGUGCCGGAGUUCGUCGCGCCAGCGGAGUACGCAGGAAAGGAGGUGGAUGGUUUGGAAAUGUUGGCGUCGGCAUCGGCGGCGGAGGAGGCGGAGGGGGAGGAGGAGUUCGUGAUAUCGAGGUCGAGCUGGUCGCCGAAGCGGAGCGAGUCGAGGGAGACGGAGACGGAGUAUUCGGCCGUGACGGAGAAACCGCUGGUUUCUGUCAGGUUCGGUCACCGGAAAAACGUGAAGCCCAGCCCUGAAGGGAAGGCGCUGCGGGUGGCGAGGCCGAAGCGGAACGAGACGCUGGAGAGCACAUGGAGGACAAUCACGGAAGGCCGCCCGGUCCCGCUCGCCCGCCACCUCAAGAAAUCGGACACGUGGGAAACCCACGGCCGCUCCGCCCCCGACGAGCAGUCCCCGGUCCCGCUGAUGCGCAAGUCCGAGACCUUCAACGACCGGGCCGAACCGCCGCCGCCGGCGUCGUCCUCGCCGUCGCCGUCGUCGUCGUCGAGGGGGCGACCGAGGAGAGAACCGUCGCUGGGGCAGGAUGAUCUCAACCGACGGGUGGAGGCGUUCAUAAAGAAGUUCAACGAGGAGAUGAGGCUCCAGCGGCAGGAGUCUUUCCAGCACUACUUGGAGAUGAUCAACGGCGGCAGCCAUUAAAGCGAGGAGGUGGAGGAGCGAGAGAGCAUGUAGCGUCGUAGGGCAAGAUGUUGUUAAUAAUACUUGCAAAUAAGUAGGAAAAAUGAUAAAAUAGAACAGAGGUUUGUUUUUCCCCUUUUUAUUGGGAUUAAGGGGGAAGAAAUAGAUUACAGAAGAAGCUGUGUGAUGUGUGAUGCUUGUUUUAUUUUUAUUAUUUUUUAUUUAUUGGUUUAAUUUUGGUUUCAGUAUGUAAAUAUGUAUAUGGUGCUCCUAAGAUGGCGAUACUCUGGUUGGUAUGGUCUAAGUCUCUAAAUUUUGGUUUU